UAACCGUCAACAAUUGAGCAAAUUCCCAAAACAAGUAAACGUCAAUUGUUAGUCUUCAGGAGUGGUGUACAUCAAUAAAUAAAAUUUUCUCUAUGAAUUUAUCGCUAAUUUCGAAUAUCGGGAACAAAUUGAGUACAUAACCGAUGGCUGGGGAGGCGAGCUAUAAGAAAAAAGGAAAGCUAUCUCGUCAGGAAUCGAAUAAGUCCUCGAAGGACCCGGAAAUCGAAGUCGACAAAUUCGCAGUUGGGGGCAGCAAUAACCAAAAUAAGUCUAGAAGUGGAAGCAGAGUCUACAAAAUUGUUGUAUUGGGUGAUGGGGGUGUUGGAAAAUCAGGUAUAUCCAUGCAAGUUGUGCAAAAUAUGAAUGUUAAUUUGUUGUGUCCUUUUGCAGAAGAUUCUUACCAGCAACAAGCUGUAAUUGAUGGUGUACCCGCACUUUUAGAUAUUUUAGAUACUGCUGGACAGGUCGAAUUUACGGCGAUGCGUGACCAAUACAUGAGAUGUGGGGAAGGUUUCGUGAUUUGCUAUAGCGUAACAGACCGUCACAGUUUCCAGGAGGCAUCUGAAUACAGGAAACUUAUCCAAAAAGUACGCGCUUCUGAAGACACUCCAAUAGUUCUAAUAGGCAACAAAUUCGAUCUUCAUUUACAGAGAAAAGUUACUACAGAAGAAGGUCAAUUUCUGGCUCAGCAAUUUAAUUGUCCAUUCUACGAAACUUCGGCCUGUUUGCGAUCAUACGUGGACGAUGCUUUUCACUCUUUAGUCCGACAAAUUAGAAAAAAAGAGGAGAGUUCAGGACUAUACAGCAACGAACGAAAACUUCGACGACACAGUAAAUGGUGGCGAUUACGAAGUAUUUUUGCGCUGGUUUUUAAACGAAAACGACCCACGAAUUCUAGUUCGUAAAUCUUUUUAUGACUGCAAUAUCAUUUUUUUCCUGGUAAGAACUCGUUUUGAGGAUUGGAGCUGUGGAUCCGAGCUUUCAAUUUGAUGAUUUUCUUUGAGAUCUUUUGUUCAUUGAAUUUCUUGAAUAAAAUGAACGAAGUAUUGACACGAAAAAGAAAGUGACGUGAGGAUCCAACAGUUUUGCUUUUAAUGCUUGCUUGCUAAACGAAAUCUAUUUUAACAUUCCUACGCGAAUAUACGAUCUGAACUGCCAUUUUGUUUAAUAGAAUUCUUUUUACCAUAUAACAAGCCUGUUUCCUGCGUCGAUAUUUUGAAGUAAAAGUUGGUUUUGAAGAGCUAAUUACUAUAUAUACACAAUAUAAAUGAAAAUCAAGAGUACUCUCUUAUUAAUAAAAUUGUAAUAAGUAAUCGUUUAACAGUCCUUUUAGGAUUCGCAACAAAGUCUUAAUUUACGUAAUUUAGCUAUUCGUGAACAAAGGCUUUUUUUACUUGAAAGUGUCGAACCUUGAAACGUAACUAGUCAGCUUUAAUAGUUAAAAAUCUCAUUAUAUCAGGGAGGCUAUCAAUAGUCCUUCGACUUGAAUCGAAUAUGUUGUUACAAAAGCAGUAUGAAACUCGCUCCAAUUAUUUUUCGUAGCCAUUAGUAAUAAUAGAGCUUGUAACUUGUAAUUGGCCGUAGUUUAAUAGGAAAAUAAUAGCAUUUUAUUAAUUUACAUUAAAAUUUCGUUAAAAUGAAAUGUUUCGACCAAAAUAUAAAAUUGUUACCAGUAAUCAGAAAAUGACCAUUCUGAGACCAAAAAUGUUGCAUUUGUAUGUAGGAAAAGUAUUACGUAACUGAUUCUUUUGGUAUUAUUAGUUUUAAGCAUUAUUAGAAGCGGAAUGAAUUGUACGAGCUUUAAAUAUUAGCUUAAUAACAUAUAAUGAUAGGAAUUGUCUAUGUCACUCUUGGUUCAAAUAGGAAGCCGGACAAACAUUUUAAUUAACUGAAAUGAGGAGCCUUUCGUGUGAUUUCGGUUGUGCGUGCAGUUGUUUUGAAUUACAUCCAACGACAUAGACAAAUGCGUAUUUUAAGCUGAAAAUUAAAAUGAUGUAAUAUAAUGUAUCAUAUUAUGAUAAAAUAUUGCUGUUAGAGAGGUUUACUGAUUUAUUUUUAUCGUUUUUAUUUGUACAGUACGUAGUUUAUAAAGAUUUCGUAAGACAAAUUUCACUUUUCUAGUCAUUUAUGUUUAGAGGCUUUAUUGCGGUUAGUGAUAACAAAGAUUUAUAUUUACAAUUCUUAUUAUUUGAGGUAUUUGCCUCAAGAAAAAAGAUUCGAUCGGGUUGUUGAAAAGAUUGAUAUUUAAUUGGGAAUUGUGUAAUCUGGUAAUCCCACAAUAUAACUUAGAAACCUAUUUUCGAUGUAGAUGACUUAGAAAGUUAAUAUUUCUAAAUAGAUUUUCGCGUUUGAACUACAUAUAUGAAGUAAUUCUAUGGGAUUAAUAGUUUUUUUGUUUAUAGAAAAUAGACAAGCAAAGCAAUAACAAAUCGAAAAUCUUAUAAAGUCAAACAUUAAUUUAUUGGUUGCAAUUGCAAAUAACUAUGCCGUUUAAGAAUCCAACAGGGUGUUUAAUUUUGCGUUGUACACUCGAAAUGUUCAAUCACAUAUACCUGAUAUCAUUUUCAAUCAGCGAGAUUGUCUUUUGGACAUAAGGACAAUCAUUUAUAUGUUUAUUAAAUGUAACAAAAUGUGUUUGUUGCGUUCGAUAUAUUUUUAUGUAGAAGUAAACCCGAAGUUGUUUUAUCAGGAAUGUACGUGUUUAAGUUUCAAUUUUUAUUUUUAUGCUUUUAUCACAGUGUGACAUUCAAACUGUAGACAUAUUAAACAUUUAUCCAUAGCUAAAUAACUCUUGGGAUGGUUGAUAACAGACGAAAAAAUGAUUAGUGACUUUUAUAAAUAUGUUUCGCCCCUCUUUUAAAUGAAAUAAACAGCACUGAUUACAUUUUUGUGUUUACUUCUACAAUUAUUGAAAAUCUCGCCUUUCGCAUUGUGUUUUGUAUCAGUUUUGAUUGCAAUCUAACUAAAUGUAAGGUAAUUAGUAAAAUAAAAUAGGUGAGACAAAUAUUAAGCAAUAACCAUAGAGGUACGUUUCAAAAGAACUGUAUAAAUAUACCUUAGAAUAUUAAAACUGUUGAGUGGUUCUAAUAUUAGGCAAAUACGUAUAUUAAUUAUGAAAUUGAAUUAAACAGUUAUCAAAAUCAGCUUGAAUGCAAUAUUUUGUUGUAAAACUCUUUAGUUUAUUAAUUUUUGUUGCCUUUGUUGCCAAUCUGUGAGUGACUAUGUUUUAUCGAAUUGCUGCUAAGUAUGUUUAUCUUAAGUCAUAGUUGUUGAAUGCUAGUGCGCGCACCAUCAGGUGCACUAUUCAAAUAUAUUUUAUCGGUUAUAAACAA